UACAAGAUUUGAUAAGACUCAAGGAUUUUAAGUUGAAAGAGUAAAGCCAGAUUGAAACUAUCUCGAAGCAACCAGAAACUAGGGGGCAGCACCAAAUUCACACCUAAACUGCUCUGUUUCUUACACAUAAUUCAGUAGGUGCGGAGCCAUGGAUUCGUUUGCUGAAAUAUUUUUGUAACUGUUUUUCACUUUCUUCAAAUUAUUACUAGUAGUAUUUUAUUUCAGAAAUCUAGUUGUGCUUUACGAUAAUAUAAUUUCAUGUUGAAUAUAUGGUGCACCACACCACACCUACAUUAUAAUCGCCCACGUUCCCUCAUUUUCUCCGUCAUCCAAUUCCGCCCAAAUUUCCUCUCGCCGCCGCCGCCAAUAACCACCGACCGCCACCGCAAAGGUCUAAUUGAGCGGCGACCAGCCACAAAAUGUCUACCUACGGCACCAUUCCUACGUUGUCAUCCCCCACCGUGAAGCUCGACUACAUCUCACUGGCCAGGGAGCGCCUCAACGCAGGCCUCGCUGCCUGCCGCCCGUGGCGGCAAAUGUUCGACGUCCACCGCUUCGACCUACCCAAAUCUGUAGCGGAGGCACGGGAGCGCGCCGCCGCCAAUGCGGCGUACUUCCUCACGAACUACGCGAUCUCUGCUCUCGCGAUCCUCUUCCUCAGCCUCCUUUGGCACCCGAUCUCGCUCAUGGUCUUCGUCGCGGCGAUGGCGGCGUGGCUCUACCUCUACUUCAUGCGGGACGAGCCGCUGGCGGUCGCCGGCCGGACGAUCAACGACCGCACGGUGCUGAUCGGGCUCUCGGUGUCGACGAUCGUCGUCCUGCUGCUCACGCAGGCCGCCGGCAAUAUCGUGGCUGCGCUGAUGGUGGCAGUCGUAUUGGUGCUGAUCCACGGCGCCGUGAGGACUACCGACGAUUUGGUUUCCGAUGCGGCGGAGACCGGCGGUUUGUGGAGGUCUAUUGACGGUCAACCUUCUUCCCAUUGAUUUUCGUCAUGAUAUUUUUUCGGGGUCCAUUUUUCCUUCAUUUUUCUUUAAGUUUAUGUUAAAUCAAAUUAUUGAUGAUUAAGACGAAAUGCAUUUUAUUUUUGUGGCA